ACGUACGAUGUGGGUAAGUCUGGGGUGUGCGAAGGGUUUCUCGAACGGAACGUUGUAUCGUUUGGCUGCACGAGUAUGCCCGCGAUUGCACAGUGAAACUUUGAUUCUUUCUUCCAAGAGAUUGAAGUAAUAUGAAGAACAGUAUGGAAACUUACACUUGCAGGUCGCAAUAUGUUCCGAGUAUAUCCAGGUACAUGAAUGAAUGUGUUCAUACAUGCAGAUCUGCAUACCUAUGUUUCCUCCUGUACUUACGUACACCUACAUGCAUAGAUCAUUAUGUAUUUAGAUACAUACAGCACCUACAGUUAACUAACGUAUGUACUGUAUAUGCGAUGCGGGCAACCGCGCCGACACCAAUGCAAUGCACGAUGCGAUGCGAUAGCGAUCUUGGGCGCGGGAACGCAGGCGCAGCGGGGGCGUUUCGGGCAGACCGGCCGCUGCAUCUUGCAUCUUGCAUCUUGCAUCGUGCUGCGUGCUGCGUCUGCAUCUGCAACAACUCGCAUAGCAAGUAGGGGUAGAACAAAAAAAAACAAAGUCAGUUAAUGGUAACGAGGAUGGCAGUUGCAGUUGCAGUUGUAUCCCCAAAGAUGAACCAAACUGUAAACUCACAACUGCGAAUCUAUCGCCACCUGA